AACAAACACUCUCGGUCUCAGUCUAAGCCGCUCUCGCAGUCAGCGAUGUCGUUGUCGUCGUUGCCGUCGCUGCCGCCGUCAUCGUCACUGUCACAGUAGCGGCAAAUGCGACCGCAUUCUCAACAGUCAAACAACAAACGCAACUGAAGUAACAACGCUGUCCGCGUCGCGUCCAUUGCCAAUAUAUAAUUAUUGAAUACGUCGCCACCCUGUUCCUCCUCCUCCACCACCCCCCUGCCAAUCAAUCAAAAGUGCGACUACGAAAAGAAAGUGUUUACAGAAAACACACAAAAGCUUCAAGUUUCAAAAAGUGAUGAGACUGUUGUUGCUGCUACCAGCCGCUAGAGAGUGUUGUUCUUGUUCUUAAUGUUUCGUCUGCCAACGCGAGAGGAGUGCGUCGCUUGGCUGCAUUCCGUUCUCGUUCUGAUCCUGCACAUUUGGAGCUUUUGCAGUAUGUCGCUAACACGCAGUCGCCAAACGACGCUCAAGUGGAUUAAAAAGCGAUUUGCGCUGCCGCGUCGACGUCAACAGCAGCAGCAGCGGAGGAGUGACACAAACAAGGCAGCAGCAACAACUGCAGCAACGACAACAGCAACAGCAGCAAAGACAACAACAGCAACAAACAGCGACCCAGGAGCCGAAUUAGUGGAUCAGGGCCAUUUAAGCGAGAUCUUGGUGCUGAGUGACACUCAAAUCGAUGGCCAAACCGCGACAUCGGCGCCGCUAGCAGUGGCCAUCGAUAACAUGGACAACAUGAACAUGGACAGCGACACGAACACAACCAGCAACAACAACAACAACAUGAAAGAGGCCACAGCGUGCCACACAGCGCCAAUAGCGCGCGACGAGGAUGUGGAUGACGAUGAGGAUGAGAAUGGCAAGCUGGAGGGGCUUGAAGCUGGCGAGGAACAGCAUGAAGAGGAUCCAGAGCUGCAACUGGAGAUGUUGCAGCAACAACAGCAGCUGUCGGCGCUGGCCAAACCGAAUGCUAAUUAUGUGUGCUGUCCAUGCCCAGCAACAACCACAACAGCAGCAACAACUGUGAACCGCAGCAAGUCGCUGGUACGCAGCUAUCUAAAGAAAUGCAAGCAACGCCUAACGGGUCAGCAGAGCAAACCCACAACAACAGCAACAACAACACCAACAACAGCAACUACAAGAACAACUGCAGCAACAACAACGACGACAACGGCAACAAUUACAAUGAUCAAGAACGAGGCGGAAGGAACAGCACCCACUCUAGAGGAGCUAGGGAAACAGGAGGAACACAAGGAACAGGAGGAGGAACAGGAGGAGCAAGAGGAGGACUCCAGCUGUGCUAGCCGAGAUUCGGCAAGCGCCUAUAUCGACUCGAUGCCGCUCGACUUGAGUCUGCGACGAGCGCCAGCAGCACCACAGGAGUCCAGCAGCAGCGAGAGCGAAAUCGAGGAGGAGGAGCCAGUGGAGCACGAGGAGCAUUCAGAACAGAAGAAGGUGCUGAACGAGCUAACACUGCAGGCGGUAACAGCAACAAAUGUUGAACGGGAUGUGGCUGUGGAUGUGGAUGUGGAUGGGUUGCUGGGUGAACUGAUUGACAGGCAUCUGUCGCACAUUUAUCCCAUCUACUGGGCACGCACGCGUGCGAUUUUAAUGCGGCAGGCACGUGAGCUUCUCGUGUGCCACUUUGAGGGCUCCCUUUCGUGCUUCGAGCAGCGAUUCCUAUGUAAAUUUGCACAAAUUGCGGCUACGUUGCGCGCCACUCAUCAAAUUGGCGAGUCCUGGUUAUGGCAUGCCGGCUGGCCCCUGGCCACAUCCAAUGGAGCGCUGGUCCUACAGUUGAGCGACUCUGAGAUCGCGCACGCACUCCAACCAGCCGAACUAUAUCUGUGUGUCAAAUUGGAAUCUGACGCAGAAGCCACACCGCAGCUUUAUGUCGUUUGGCGCUCGUCACAACAACAGCAGCAGCAGCAGCAGCAGGAGAAGCAGCACGAGGGGAGCGUACAGAGUCAGAGUCAGAGUCACUGCAUCUAUAUCGAUUACAAUAAGAUCGAGCAACAGCCGCUGAGCGUGCUCCAGCUAGAGAUGUCUAUGGCAGCAAUGGCAGCAACGGGACAGAGUCAGAGUCAGGGGCAGGGGCAGGGGCAAGCUAACGAUGCCAUUGAGUUGCCGCAGCUGCUCCAAAAUCUGCUGGUCAGCGUUGAGCGGAGUAUUGAGCGCGUGUCGCUAAACGAGCUGCAAAUGCCGCUAGCUCUCGCCGAGGAUCAGCUCGAUGAAGCCAACAACAACAGCAACAACAACAGCAACAGCAAUGGCAACAGCAACACUAGUAAUAAUAACAACAGCAACAACAUUGGGUCGCCAAAGUGCGCGUUGCGGCGCAGCGAUUUAAUUACCAAAAACAAACUGUUCAACAACCGUUACAUGCUGCGGCGCCUGACCAAUCGACAGGAUAGCAUGAACUCCACCUCGUCGGGCAACAGCAAUGCCAGCGAGCGCAGCAACUCCAGCAACUCAAGCGGCAGCAGCAGCGCUGGCGAGGAGCUGCAAGCACACUUGAAUAUUAGCAACAAUAACAACACCAACAACAGCAACAACAACACCAACAACAGCAACAAUAUUAAUAACAACAACAAUAACAGCAGCAAUGAGCUUGUGGCAUCCACAUCGCCCGCCUUGCCACUGUUUUGUUUGGGUAACUCAUUUCCGCACAUUGACAGCGAUGAGGAGGCAACUGAUGUCGGCGAGAAGCUCAAAUUGCCCGUGACCGGUGAGUCGCAGCCGCCGGAGUUGGUGACGUUGACGUCGACGUCGACGCCAGCAGAGACGGAGAGGGAGAUGGAGACGGAGACGGAGCUGCUGCCGCCCAACUCGAUCAGUGAAUUGCCCGAGAAACUAUUAAACAGCGGCGUCUAUUUGCCAGGCACACGCACCCUCCAUGGCGACCCACUUGUGAAUGUGGAUGCCGAGGCUGUGGCAAGCGCGGGCCUCAAUUGCUAUGAGCUGGCCACACUGUUGCUCUACUACAGCACCAUACCGGAGCGCAGCACUGCCGGCCAUAAAAGUACACAGCAACAAAAGCAGCAGCAACAACAUCAAGAGCAGCAACACCAGCAGCAACAGCAGCAGCCGCAGCAGAAACCCGCCCAGCAAACAUUUACCAUUUUAAUUGCCAUUGAGAAGUCGCAACAUUUAUGCGUAAUCGACUUAAUUUGCCAAAGCCUCAAAUUGUUAAGCAAGCAAAUUGGCAAUUGUGAAAUUUUGGCAGUUUGUCUCGAUGCGAAUUUGCUGCAAUUGUGUAACCAACAGCAGCAGCAGCAGCAACAGCAGCAGCAACAACAACAGCGACAGAACUCCAACAGCAGCAAUAGCUGUGAUCAAGCGUCGCAGUUGCCUGCAUCGCAUUUGGUUAAAUUCAUUAGCGUGGACCAAGUCACGACAAGUGUUGCGCCAUCGCAUUUGCCGAGCGGUGCGCUCCGGGGCCAGCAUCAUCACGACGCGCGCAAGUGGCGCGAGUUCUUUGCCCAGCUGGAGGCGUUCCAGCGUCAGUGUGCCGCUGCUGGCGGUCGUCUCGUCGGCGCACUGAGCGACAUACGCGCCGCCGAUCUGCUGGGGCUGCCAACUCGUCGACAGCUCUACGGUCAGCAUCGUGCCCUCAGCCGUGCCCUCAUGGACUCACAGCUGCACAAUCUGCGCAAGCAUGGCGCCACACAGCUGCUCCGCUUGCAGGCAGCGGCCACUGCCAUAAAUGAGCCACCAGCACCACCCACAACCACAACACCCAUUGCCACAGCUAUUAUUGCUGGCGAUGCAACCAUCACUCAUCAUUCGGAUGCGACUCAUAAGCUGCGCAAGGUGACGCUCCUCUACAGCGAAGUGGAUCGUGCCGCCCAGCGUCUGGAGCAGCUCACGGAGCAGCGACGCGAGCGACUGCGCCAACUGACGCGUCAGCGUGCCCUCGAGGAGGAGAUCAACGAGGUCACCUCUUGGCUGGGCAAUGAUGGAGCUGAUAAUUUGCAAAAAUUCGCUCAGCUACAGUUGGACAGCGAGGCACAGCUGAAGGCACAGGAGCUGGAAUUUGAGAAAUACUAUUUUAUUGCCAGGAAACACUUGGCUAAGGGUCGUGACUUGCACUUGGCCGCCAAUAAGAUAUCCGUGCUGAGCGAAAGCGCUCGCAAUUUGAAAACCGCACUGGAUCUUUUUUCCGAUAAACUUGAAAAGACACGGGAGCGUAUUGAGGGCGGAGCCCGAUUGUUGCAUUUGCUGACACAGCAUCAGCGCGAAACUGCCGCACUGGAGGAACUGCAGCGUCUGGCCGCAGAGCUGGGCGCCACGGCCUUAAUUGAUAAACAUUUGCCGGCCAUGAGGAAGAUUAGCCCACAGCCGGCAGCAAGCAGCACGCCAGCGCAGGCAGCAGCGAAACGUGACAGUUAUCGUUGCAGCUCCGGCAACGGCAGCUCAUUUGAUGGGGCUCCCAGUGGCAGCCAUUGCAGCUGCUGGCGCGAGAGUCACAAUCUGGAGGACAUGGACGAACCGGAUGAGGAGCACGACAACGAUAACGACUGCGAUGGCGAUGGCGAUGCCGAUGGUGAGGGCGAGGAGCAGCAAUCGAAAAUUGCCGACUCCGGUGUCGGAGUCUGUGACAAUUGCGAACGCAAUCCAAAACUGGUCCGCAUCUGCUCCUGCCAGAGCCUCAACGAGAAGAGUCACGACGAGCUACUCGAGGACGAGUGCUUUGAGCGACCCACGAAACGCUACAUGGACAUGCACUCGCCCAUGGAGGCCAAUGCUCAUCUCCAGUGCCAUGACUCCAAUAUGGAGCUGACCAAGCUGGAGGAGCUCAGCUGUUUGGAACCAAAAAUACAAAAAACGCUUCUAUUAAUCAUGCGCGAAAUGAUUGGUACCGAACGCGACUAUGUGCGAUCCUUGUACUACGUAAUCGAGAACUACAUUGAUGAGCUGCUGCGCGAGGAUAUACCGCAGCCGUUGCGCGGCCAGAGGAACGUGAUCUUUGGCAAUAUUGAGAAGAUCUUUGAGUUCCACAAUUCGCACUUCCUGGGCGAACUGGAGCGCUACGAGCGCAAUCCCUUAAAGGUGGGCGCUGCCUUCCUCGAAAUGGAGUCCAAGUUCUAUUUGUAUGCGUUGUACAACAAGAACAAGCCGAAGAGCGACACCCUGCUGAGUGAGUAUGGCAGCUCGUUCUUCAAGCCGAAGCAGCUCCAGCUGCAGGACAAAAUGGACCUCGCUUCGUACUUGCUGAAGCCGGUGCAGCGAAUGGGUAAAUAUGCCCUGCUCCUGCAGCAGCUGGUCAAGGCGGUGAAGAGUGUAGAGGGUGCUGCGCUCCAGGAGAUAGCCGCCGAUGUGGAGGAACUGCAGCGGGCCGAGGAGAUGGUCAAGUUUCAGCUGCGCCACGGCAACGAUCUGCUGGCCAUGGAUUCGCUGCGCGACUGCGAUGUGAAUGUAAAGGAGCAAGGAAGACUGCUGCGUCAGAACGAGUUCCUCGUCUGGCAGGGACGCGGCGGCAAGAAAACACUGCGUCAGGUGUUCCUCUUCGAGGAGCUGGUGCUGUUCAGCAAGGCGCGUCGCUUUCCCGAUCACAAGAAUCUGGACAUUUACAUAUACAAGAACAGUAUCAAGACCUCGGACAUUGGACUGACGGCUCACACGGGUGACUCGACGACCAAGUUUGAGAUUUGGUUUAGAAAACGCAAGCCGGACGACACUUGGAUGCUGCAGUGCAUGUCGGAGGACAUUAAGAAUGCCUGGACGGAGGAGAUAUCUAAACUGCUCUGGAAACAGGCGAAGCGCAAUCGAGAAAUUCGCCUGGCGGAGAUGUCUUCGAUGGGCAUUGGCAGCAAGCCCUGCUUGGACAUACGUCCGAGCAACAAUCAGAUCAGCGACCGUUCCAUACCGCUAGCCCAGCUAAACAAAACACCCAAGCUGCGUCAUGCGGAACCUGGCAAGGGCAGCAUGCGUCGUCCCAAUUCGCUCAUCUCGGAGAGUUCGCUGUCCAGCGGCACCAGCACCACCAGCAGUUCCUCCAUCAGCGGUGGCUGCGAGACUGGACGCCACAGCUUGAAUCUAAGCUUUAGCAAGAUGGCUGGUAGCAGCCACAACAAUAACAAUAACAACAAUACUGCCACAUUGGAGCUAAUCAACGAGACUCAGGCACUGAAGCUGAGCAACAGCAGCGAGCCAGAUACGUCCAGGAUCCAAAGCACGCCCACGUUCACCAGCAGCUUCUCGAGCCGAAGCAAUAAGCGUCAACACAAGCGUUCCACGACACUUGUCAGCCAGCUAUCCAUGGAGAGCGGCAUUCUAUCCGACAUGUCCAUAACGCCGGAUCAGGAACAUCACGCCGUCCACGCCGCAGCGGAACAAUUGUCGGGCAAUCGGGCCAGUUGGUCUACAUCCGGUACAGCUGCAUCCAUGGCCAGUUCUAGCACCUCGACGGUAAUCCUGCGUCGCUACAAGUCGUACGCCCAUGCCGCCGAGUCGGCAGCUCCCGAGAACAGCAAUAAGUGAAAUUCUCCAAAAUUCCACGAUGCCCCGAAUAAUUAUUUUGAAAAAAUAAAAGUAUACAUAGCUUUAGCAAAAAAAAAAAAAAAGGAAAAGAAAAGAAAAGAAAAAACGGUUUCACCAGAUUCAGAUUAUCAUAUUAUACAUAC